CAAACUGUAAGAAUUGUUGGAGGCUUGUUGGGCUAGAUUUACCGCGCAUUGUUGGCUAGAAAAGACACAGGAAGCUGUCACAGCGCCAAACGUCGCAGCGAACCUCGAAGAAGAUCCAUCGCUGCUACACCGGACGUCUCCGCCGAGCGCGGGUCAUCAGCGUGAAAGGCUGUGAAAAUGCGCCUCAUCCUCAUCACGAGCCUCGCAACGCUCAGCGCAGCAGUCAUUACGCCGGGCGCCGACAAAUUGGUCGACGACGCGCUCGACGGCUGCGACGCGUUGCUGGUCAAACAGCUGCGAGCCGAGCGCGACGCCGCCUACAAAGCAAGGGACGAUGCCGUCGCGGCGAAGGACGCCGCCGAGGCGACCGCGCAGCGCCUCGCCACCGACGAGGCCGCGAAGGCGGCUCAGGAAGCGCGUAGCGACUGCGAGGCCGCGUCGGUGGCGGCGUUGGAGAAGGCGACCGCCGCGUCGACUUCGGCCCUCGCCGCGUGCGAGGCGUCUUCGGCUGCCGAGCUCGAGAAGGCGACCGCGGCGUCGGCUGCAGCCCUCACCGCGUGCGAGGCUUCGUCGGCUGCCGAGCUCGAGAAGGCGACCGCGGCGUCGGCCGCGGCCCUCAAGCAAGCCACCGACGCGAGCGCCGCGGCGACGAAGGACGCGAGCGCGCAGCACGCCGCCGCGCUGAAGGAGGCGACCGACCGGAUUGAGGCGCUCGCGCGCGAGAAGGCGUCACUUGUUGACGAACACGACAGAGCGCUCGCCGCGAAGGAUGAAUAUUAUGUUGCGGCCCACUCCGGCGCGCUGGCCGCCAAGGACGAGCAGCACCGCGCGGCCGUCGAGAGCGUCGAGGAGCUCCUGAACUCGAAGCACGAGGCCGUGCGAGCGUCCCUGGAGCGACGGCUGAAGGACGACACGGAGGCGCUGGCGAAGCGCCACGCCGAGGAGCUCGCGCGCGACGCAGAAGAGGACGCCGUGGAGCUCCAAGAGGCGGUCACCGCGGCCAUCAAAUCGCAGAACGAAAAGUAGGCUCUCCGCGUUCUCGACGGGGCCUUCACAUAGAUGCGAAGUCGCGGCGAUGGCGUGCUGGUGAGUAGAUGUACUCUGGACGCCAUCGUUACGAUGUCUUUCACGCAGGCACGCGCAAGUCAUCGAGGCCGAGCUCAAGCGCCAGGAGAGCGACUUCCUCGUGUGGCACGGAGAUGAACUACGACGGCGACGGCCGCACAACCGGCUCAAGAAAUUAGUGGGAUCGAUCCGCAAGGGCAACGCCGCGAAGGACCAGAAGACUCUAUCGUUCCGGCGAACCGAGGAGGGCGCCGAGCCGGACGUGCAGGUGAGCCAGGAGUCGCCGCCGUCCGAGCCGAAGAAGAAGGGGCUCUUUCGCCGAAUCUCGAAGAAGUCUAAGGAAUAGUACUAGCACUUC